CAGUCCGCUUACGGACGCGACGGGAACAGGGAGAGCGCACGCCCAACUCUAGGAAACUUGGGUCUCGGCGGCCGCCGUAAACCCCGUGACGGAGGUGGCCCGUUGCCUGAGAGCCAGGAGACGCCGCUCGGCCUCCCCCGCGACGGAGAGUCCGGACUGCGCGGCACCGUUACCAUGUCCGUGCUGGAUGCGCUGUGGGAGGACCGAGACGUCCGCUUCGACGUGUCUUCACAACAAAUGAAAACAAGACCUGGAGAAGUUCUUAUUGAUUGUUUAGAUUCAAUUGAAGACACCAAAGGAAAUAAUGGGGAUAGAGGUAGACUCUUAGUAACAAAUUUAAGAAUUAUCUGGCACUCUUUGGCAUUACCCAGAGUCAAUCUUUCCAUCGGUUACAACUGCAUAUUGAAUAUUACAACAAGGACUGCUAACUCUAAAUUACGAGGCCAAACUGAAGCUCUUUAUAUACUAACAAAAUGUAACAGUACUCGUUUUGAGUUUAUAUUUACAAAUUUGGUUCCCGGAAGUCCUAGACUCUUUACUUCUGUGAUUGCAGUACACAGAGCAUAUGAAACUUCUAAAAUGUAUCGUGAUUUUAAAUUGAGAAGUGCACUAAUUCAAAAUAAGCAACUAAAAUUAUUACCACAAGAACAUGUAUAUGAUAAAAUCAAUGGAGUAUGGAAUUUAUCCAGUGAUCAGGGAAAUUUAGGAAGUUUUUUUAUUACCAAUGUGAGAAUUGUGUGGCAUGCAAAUAUGAAUGGCAGCUUUAACGUCAGUAUACCAUAUCUACAAAUUCGUUCAAUAAAGGUUAGAGAGUCAAAAUUUGGUCUAGCUCUUGUCAUUGAAAGCUCCCAGCAGAGUGGAGGGUAUGUCCUUGGCUUUAAAAUAGAUCCUGUGGAAAAACUACAAGAAUCAGUUAAGGAAAUCAAUUCACUUCACAAAGUCUAUUCUACCAGUCCUAUAUUUGGAGUAGAUUACAAGAUGGAAGAAAAGCCACAGCCCCUUGAAGCUUUGACAGUUGAACAAAUUCAAGAUGAUGUAGAAAUAGAUUCUGAUGAUCAUACAGAUGCUUUUGUGGCUUAUUUUGCUGAUGGUAAUAAGCAACAAGAUCGUGAACCUGUAUUUUCAGAAGAAUUGGGGCUUGCAAUAGAGAAAUUGAAGGAUGGAUUCACCCUACAGGGACUUUGGGAAGUAAUGAGUUAAUCUUGAUCUGAAUUUCAUUUAAAGAUAAGCUAAGAUUAAAGAUACCUACUCACCUUCUAUGAGCCAUGGAAUGAUUUUUAUGAUUACAGAAAAAGCCUUUAAGAAUGAGUUUUUUAAUGAUUAAGGAAAACCCAUUUAUCUUAGAUUUUACUGACAGUUUUCCAAAAAUUGUACGUUAAGAUUGUAACCAAAAUGUGUAUGUAUCUGGUUUGUAAAUAUGUUUAUUUUGUACCCAAUAUAUGGCUAUUAAAUGACUGUAUCAUACUUGGUUUAAUAAAGAAUUUAUGCAGCACUAUUUAAUGUUUUGAAAGUAUGCUUUAAAAGAGUAAGACUAUACUAAAAAGUAAUCAAAAUACUGUUUUAAUUAUAAAAAUCUGGUUAAAAUAUAUAAUCACAUAGCUCAAACUGUAAGCCAACUUGAACAUAAAUUAUGACCCUUAAACUUGCCACAUUUAGGUGAUCAUUUCUGUAAAAACUAAAAAUUUUAAGUAACUCUAGAUAUAGCAAACCCUAUGUAAUGUUUGGGCCCUAUUUUGUAAAUAAUUUCAAUAUUUUGGCAAGAAUUUAUUUUGUAAGGAAAUAUUUUUAAUUACUUUGUAAAUAAAUAGUUCAUGUA